AUGGCGGGUGCGCGGUUGGUGCGGGCAACGGCACGAGUGAGAGGCGAAGGGGGCGAGAGGACGCUUAAAGAUGAAGGAGAAGCAGGCCAGUCAGGAGAGGGCGCGUCGAUGAGUACUGCUGACGGACGGGCAACGGCGGUGGAGAAGGUGGAGAGUGCUGACGACGUCGUGGUACGCCGGAGAGCUGAGCGGCGGCAAAAGCAUCGAGAGGUGAAGCGAGCGCAAGUGAGAAGAGCGAAGGCUAGUCGUCAGACCCGGGCACUGGCACAGGAAGAGGAACUGUGA